GCAAACGGAUGUGUUUCUUAGCUUCAGCUGUAAUACAGAAAAUAUGCAAAGUUAUUUGAAAUGGGUGAUAAUUUUUUGUAUUCUUGCGCCACAAUGGACAGUAAGCAUACAAUUAAACGAUUCAAUUCAGAAUGCUAUUGAAGAGAACGAGAAAAAGAUACAAAAAUUGCAAGCUGAAAUUGAGGACAACGAAAAAUACCUGAACUUUGGCGAAGCCAUAAAUAAAACAAAAGGGUACAUCUCAUCUUUGGAAGACAAAUUAAAGCAGUGUGAAGAACAGAACAAAAAUCAAUCUGAGUCUCAAUUAUAUCACAUCUUUAGUGCUAUUCAAAAAAUCAAAUUGAACACUGAUACCAAUAAAAAUGAAUUCAAACAAAAUGAUGAUCUUAUCAAUAGUCUUAAAGCUCAGAUUGAAGAUAAGAAGUCGCUGUUGAAUGAUUAUCAGGGUCAAAUAAAAGAAAAAGGUCUCGAAAUAGAGAAAUUGAAAAAAACUUUAUCAGCUUACAAUAAUACCAUCAAUAAGAACAACGCUGAGAUAUCGAAUUUGCUAUCAAUUAUCGGAUCUCAGAAUAGUACUAUUUUUAAAAACAAUGCUCAAAUAUUAACGUUAGAAUCAAAUAUAACAAUUUGCAAAGAAAGUGUCAAGAAGAAAAAUGCUGAAAUAUCAAGGUUAAAGUCAACUAUAGAAUCUAAUAACUCUACAAUAAACAAGAAUAAUGCUGAUAUAUCAAAGUUGGAAUCAACUAUAACAGCUUUCAAAACAACAGUCAAUAAGAACCAUGAAUCAAUUGCAAAUUUGGAGUCAACUAUAAACUCUUUCAACUCUACCAUCAUUAAGAAUAAUGCUGAAAUAUCAAAGUUGAAAUCAACCGUCAAAAAUAAUAAUGAAAUAAUUGCAAAGUUGGAGUCAACUCAAAAAUCUAACAACUCCACCAUCAAUAAGAAUAAUGCUGAAAUAUCAAAAUUAAAGUCGGAGAAGAUUAAUCCGAGAGCUACAACACCACAACCACGAAUAACUUGCCCGUCUUACAAUAACAAAUCACAGCAGGAAAUCACACAGCUCAAAUCAGAAGCGAAUAAACAAACUAACGAAAUAAAAGAGCUUAAAAUUAAACUAAAUAAAUCCCUAUCGAAUAACAAGAAUUUAGCCAAUUCAACGGAUGAAAACUUUAAAAAAUAUCAAAACGCCCAAAUAAGUUUAGAAUCGUGUCAAAGGAAUUUGGAAUCACUAAAAAAUGAGUCUAUUAAAAACAUUUUGACUGUUCAAAAUUUGAUAUUGAAAGCUGAAAAUAAUCAGAAAUUGUUGGCUUUGCCAGAUCAAUGCCAAAAGAACAACACGGACAUUCAAAAGGUGGAACAAGAAAGGAAAUCAAUUCAGGAGCAGCUAAAUAUAUGUCAAAAUGACUUGAAAAUACAAAAAGCGGAUUGCUCUAACAAGGAUUCAACUAUUAGAGAAUGGCGUAAAAAAGCUGAUGAUAAUCAAAGGAUAGAAGAGGAGAGAAAUUCAAUAAUAUCAGAAUUAGAGACUUGCCAAUUAAAAUUUUCAAAUUUUGCUGAAGACUUCAAGAAAUAUGAAAAAGAACAGCAAAGUUUAUUAGAAAAAUGUCACAAAGACUUGAAAGAAUAUAUAGAUGAUUGUUCUAUGAAGGAUUCCACUAUUCGAGAUUGGCGGAAAAAAGCUGAAGAUAAUCAAAAGGCAGAAGAGGAGAGGAAUUCACUCCAAGUGGAGCUAAAUCAUUAUAAAAACAGCUAUGACUACUUUUACAAGAGAUCAAACGCACUACAAACGAAUCUGACUGAUUCACAACACGAGUUGUCUAAAUGUAUUUCUUUAAAAGAUGCAAUUAUGAGGAAUUUCCAUUCAAUGAAAGAUGAAUUAAAUGAAUGCAAACCUCAAUCAACUACGCCCUCAAGAAGUCUUCCAACUUCUUGUAUAGGCUUGAAAGCUGGUCCUCGAGAGAUACAACUUUCUAAUGGAAAGCAUUUAUAUGUGAUAUGCGAUAAUGAUGGUUGGAUUAUCAUACAGCGACGAAUGAAUGGAAUACUAGAUUUCAACAAAAGCUGGACGGAAUACGUGAAUGGAUUUGAAGACCAAAGCAAGCAAGGGGAGUUUUUUAUUGGAUUGGAAAAUCUGCAUCUUCUUACCAAGUCAUCAAGACAUGAGUUAUAUAUCUCAGUAACAUUUUCAACUCACACUUACUCGGCAAAUUAUGAUGAUUUCAGAGUAGGAAAUGCAGAAUCUCUCUAUGAAUUACAGUCCUUAGGAUUCUUUGUGGGCAAGGGCUUUGAUAACUUACGUGCGAAUGUCCAUCACAAAUUUUCAACAUAUGAUAAAAAGAAUUUUAAUCAUGAUUGUGGAAUGGGCGGCUGGUGGUAUCCACCAAGUUGUGGUGGUAGUAAUCUAAAUGGUCCAUACAAUAACAUAAUAUGGUAUUACGGGACUGGAACCUCCGCAAUUAUGAAGAUUCGCCCAUAUGGAUAAAUCUCAACUUACAUACUAUUACACAUUGAAACGUUUUAAUAUAUUCAUUUGUUGUUUUCCAACUAGAAUUUUCACACGUGUUCCUAUUUUAUUAUUUUCGCUUACGCUAAAUCAUUUCAUGAAGUAUGUCUUUUUUCACUUUAAUCAAGCAGCCUUAAUGGUUUCUCAAAGUCGACAGUUAAUUCAUAUAUUAUUUUAUUUUAACUACUGUCAUUAAAUUUAC